AUGCUCACCGUCUGUACGGGUCGCCGCUGCUCCUCCCACGGCGCGGCAGCGCUGCUGACGGCGCUCUCGCUCUCGCCUCCGCCCCAGAUGGCUGUCCGAGGCGUCGGCUGCAGCGGCGCAUGCCCGCCUGGCCGAGUCGUGGUCUGCGAAGGACCCGACUGCCCGGGGCCGUGCAUGUUGCUGUCGGCAGGGGACGCUGGCGCCGUCAAGCGGUCGGCGGCCGAGGCGCGCCGAAGCCUCGCCGACUUGCUCGGAGUCGACGAGGUGCCGCCGGCGGCGGUUGCGGCGGUGCGGCUGCUGCAGCCGCUGUACGAGCCGCUCAAGGCCGUGUCGCCGUCGUGCACCGAGGCUCUCUACCCCGAGUUCAACGAGGCAAACAUGUGGGAGGCGUCGACCGGCGCCACCCUCCGUCACCCGGGCGCCGGCGGCCCUCUCGAUGGCAGCGCGGUCUGGGGCGGCGGCAUCGUGCUGAGCCGUUACAUGGAGGAGCUCGGCAGCGCGUUCUGGGAGGGCAAGCGCGUCCUUGAGCUAGGCACCGGCACAGGCUUGGGAUCGGUGACAGCAGCAAAGCUGGGGGCGGCGCGCGUGCUCGCGACAGACCGCGACGGAAAGGUGCUUGCGCUGGCGGCGCAGAACGCGCAGGCGAACGGCGUCGGCGGGGCGGUCUCGGCGGCGCCGCUCUCCUGGGGAAGGCCGGGGCCCGAAGCGGCCGACAGCCCCCUCGCGCAAUCGUGGGACGUCGUCAUCGGCGCUGACGACGCGAUGCGCAAGGCGGGGCUCACGGUCGAGCUCGUCGACUCCCCGAUGCGCAACGGCUACGGCGCCGACAAGGUGAAGCUCUUCUGGGUGUGUGAUCUGUGA